AUGGCGGAUCCUCUCAGCAUUGCAACAACCAUCGCUGGAAUCAUCCGGGAGUCUAUCAAGGUCGGCAAGCAGCUCUAUGACCUUCUAGGUCGCUAUAAGAGGUCGAACCUCACCCUCCUCUGUCUCUGCACCGAGGUCUUUAUCAUCGAGAAGGCGCUCGUCAAGCUGCAGGCAUAUGGUACGGAGAAUCCCCGAGCUUUUGGGUUCAACGACAAAGAUGCAUCAAAGGACAUUGAUUGCGCGCUCUUUGCUACGAGUAUCACUCUCUCCGAGCUAUCAAGGCAGCUCGAGAAACUCGGAGGGAGAAUAGAGGCCGAGUCACGCCCUCGCGCGACAACGCUGGAGAAGCUCAAACUGCUUUGGAGAGAGGAAGAUAUGAAGCAGAUUCUUGAUCAUCUCCGCGGCCAGCAUAGCGCGCUUCAAUUUCUCUUGACCGCGAUUACCAUGGAGUCUAUCGACGAAAUUAAGCAGAUGCUAGCCAAUAACCGACCCGUCAUAGAACACAUGGAGGAAGAAGCGUCGAUACAUAGUCAGAGACUCGGGUGUCUUAAAGCUCUUUCACGUCCACAGUAUAGUGCGACAAUUGUUGGGAGCGAUUCAGUCAAAUCAAUCCCAGAAGACAGCAUCGCCGACCCACUCGAAAUUUCUUGCGCAACCGAUGAGAAGCCUGCCUAUCCCUUGAUCCCCGAACUCAUUGGAAGCGGUCUGAGUUACCAGCAAGUGAUCGACAUAUACGAACGGAGCGGCCUCGAUCCGUUGACAGUCAAAGCGAAACUAGAGGCGUGGAAGACCUAUGGGUCCAAUACAGACUUUCGCAUCGCUCUCACGGCGCUUAUACGCAAUAACUGCAACGUGGCUGUCACUGAUGACGGUCUCAUGUUCCUAUACGUACUGGACCGCCAGCUAUACCCGCGUACGCUUCUAAUGCUGAAGAAGUAUGCAUACAACUUUACCAUCACUCAACAACGACUCGAAAUCCUAAUGCGUCUGUCGGAGAUGACGAUCGCACUACACUCCCCAACAAUAGAUCCAUUAACAAGUAGCUCGCCAAACUCCUCUAGUAUGUCACGAAGUAUAGCGACAGACAAUUUGCGUCGCUUCCUUGGAUCGUUAGAGGCCAACAUGUAUAAUUUUGCAGAGACCUAUCAACAAAUCAACGGUCUCAUCAACCUUCGUCGACUCUCAGACCUCAUUAAAAACCACAAUCAAUGGCUUUUUGAUGAUCCUCAAAGUCAUAACUACGCCGCACUUGACACUAUGUGGCUCGUCCAGUUCUGGGAGCACUACGCAUACGACGCCGUCAUCACCGAAGAUACGCUCUGUCAGGUGAUGAAUUGGUUCAUCACACAUCAAGGAGUCCCUUGCCACAUUCAUGUUGUUCUCCUCCUCCUACGUCGUUGCUUCUUCCGCAAAGAAGUACUCCUCAGAUCAUUGGAUCGACUUAGGGGUGCAAAUGACGCUCCUACGUAUCUUACACUGACGCUAGAGAUUCUCGCGCACUCUACCGAUCAACUUCCAGUGGACCAUCUCGUCUCUGAGGUGAACCGCUUGUUCAAGAAGUUCUGGACGGAGCCGCGCUUCUACUAUCCACCGCUGAUGGCCAAUAAAUACAACUACAACGUUCCUGAAAUGGUCAGGGUCGAGAAGGCGGUCGAGUCUGCCUUUCCCUCUGCCUUUGUUGAGACGGGUCUUUGUUGGGAUUGGCUCAUGUUCAACGGGUUCGAUCUCAAGGAAACUCAGAAAGAUGCCACGAUGAUCCCAGAUACCUUUUCAUCGCUGAGUGCGGAGCAGAAGAAGGAAUGUAUUCGACAAAUGCAUGCACGGCGGAGUGUUUCCAUCAAGUAUUCACCAGACUCUCACCUCUUUCACCAAGAUAGGCUGAAUUAA